GGCGUGCGGAGGGGGCAGAUAACUCACAAUGACAUAUGGACACAGGGAGCAAACAUCAUCCUGCGUGGGUGUGCGCGUGUUUUCAGCGUGUGGGAGCGGAGUCAUGCAACUUCAGCCUCCAACUUGAACGGAGCACGGAUCUAGGCUGCUUUGACUGAAAACGCCGACUGACCCAGAAAAUGCAGGGGCACAUCGUCCUCCUCACGCUGUGCAUCGCCUCAGUCGUCUCCUCUGGACUCGGCUGCCCGUCUCUCUGCGUCUGCUCAGACAAACAUGGCCGUCAUUUUGCUGACUGUGCAAACAGAGACUUAACUGAAGUCCCAAAACAACUCCCCCCCAACGUCACAUCUGUGAGUCUUGCUGCUAACAAAAUCCUUUUAAUACCUUUUGGCAGUUUUGACCACACCACCCAGGUGACGUCACUGUGGAUGACCCACAAUGAGAUCAUAUGCGUUGAACGAGGCUCUCUGGCGCCGCUGGUCCGUCUGCGAAACCUGGACAUCAGCUACAAUAAAGUGGUGCACUUUCCUUGGGAGGAUCUGGAGAACCUCACGUCUCUGGAGGUGCUGAAGAUGAACCAUAAUGAAAUGACCCACGUGUCCAAAGACGCCUUUGCCAACCUCAAAGACCUGAGGUCCCUUCGGCUCAACAAUAACAAAUUUGUAACCAUAGCCGAAGGCACAUUCGAUGCUUUGGUGUCUUUGUCACAUAUUCAGAUAUAUAAUAAUCCAUACGCAUGCACCUGCUCGCUCAUCUGGCUCCGAGAUUGGAUUUUAUCCAACACAGUCACUCUCCCAGAAAAGGAAUUGAUCACCUGUGCAACUCCAGAGAAUCUUAAAGGGAAAGUGAUCGAGGAGCUGCCGCAGUCGAAGUGCACGAGGCCAAAGGUGACGAUACGAACGGAGCCGGAUUUCCAAAACACCAGCUUCUACGAGGACGGCGCGUUGGUCCUGACGUGUGAAUAUGACGGGAACCCAAAGCCUCUGGUGAUGUGGAGGAUCCACAGCGAGCGCCUGAAGCAGGAGCUGGCUCUGACCUUCACUGAGGACUCAGCGGAGGCCGGCGAGGACCCGAUACUGCUCCAUCCGCCCGUCACAGUGUUCAGCAACGGGACCGUCGUCAUCUCAAAGCUCAGGGCAGAAGACGGAGGCAACUACAGCUGCUCAGCCACAAAUGAGUUUGGGAGAGCGGGCGACUGGGUGCUGGUGAAAGUGGCGACUCCACCGAGGUCAACGCCUGCAGAACGACCCACUCACCCACUCACACGUCAGGCAACCAGUACGAUGUCCGCGUUAGAUUCUGAUGCAGAGACUGAAGUUAAAGCCACCGUCCCGCCCUCCCAAGAGGCCAACAGCAGGUCCAGAGGCCCGUCGCGUCUCAGUAAAUGUGGUGUGACGGCAAACACCAGAUACAUCUCCAGCCCUGUGCUGAACGGCAGCGUGGACGAUGUCAAGCACUACACGUUCGACUUCGGCGUCGUUGCUCUCGGGGUGUCGGAAACAGAGGCCACCGUGCGUCUGAACCCUCUCCUCAUGCCCAGAGACAGAGCUGCGGGUCGGGCCGGCGCCGGCGCCUCCUCCGGGGCUGCGGACGCCCAGCAGGGGGUCGACUCCGACGGCUUGUAUCUGUGCGUCGCCGCCGAUCGCAGGCACGCGGCCGUGCAGUGGUCCAGGAUCAGGGACGGCGUCAACACGUACUCCUUCAGGGGGCUGCGUCCCGGCACCAACUACUCCCUGUGUCUGACCUACAGAGGGGAGGACUGCGAGGUCCAGGUGCUGUUCACCACCAGGAGGAAGGUGCCCAACCUCCUCAUCAUCAUCUCCGUCAGCAUCUGCCUCCUGACGGUGUCCACCGUGCCGCUGCUCGGCGCCACCUGCUUCCACCUGGUCUACAAGUACCGCAGCAAGACUUACAAGCUGAUCCUGAAGGCCAAAGACCAGUACCAGGCCGAGAGGCACCUGGCCGUCAACUUCAGCCUCCACGCGCCGCAGGCGGCCUCGCAGCGGAGGAUCGGCCAGCUGGACGAGGAGGAGGGCGAGGAGGAGGAGGAGGAGACGGAGAGCGGCGACGAGGAGCACGAGGCCGACACGGAGGAGAGCGUGGUGGCCGAGUCUCAGUGCAGGAGCAACCUGGACGAGUGCGAGGCCGGGUCCGAGUACAGCGACAGGCUGCCGCUGGGCGCCGAGGCCGUGAACAUCACAGGCAGCCAGUGAGGGGCGGGGCCAGACCAGUACAGGCACUGGUCCCCGGACACGAGUACAAGUUGCAUCAGCGUCAAAAUACAUACAACCGUCACGACGCGCGUGUGCCAGGUGUUAAGUAUGUGUUUGUGCAGGCAGAAGUGCAGAUACAAACGCUGUGUCUUAAAAAUAAUGUCUGGGACGGGGUGUGAUUCGACCCUAGCCUUUCGUUUACCUGGUGAAUCUGUCGUUUCUGGGACCAGAGCUUCCGUGUACUGUAGGAACAGUAUGUUCUGACUGUUGGCUGAUGGACCACUGGGACACAGUAAUAAAUGCUCCAGUUCUGUAGCUGUGUUUUUACUGGUCAGAACCGCCUGCACACUGGUUUUAAUUAGCUGUAACCUACAGACGAAGCUCAGUUUCCUCCUCAUUAGAAAGUAACCACAACAUUUAAGCAUCUACAAACAUACACUGUUUCCACCACUGUGUUAAAUGCAAAGGAUGAAAAACAAGCACAUCACAGGAGAAUGAAUGAAUGUGUCAACGUGAUGAACAGACAAGCGUGUUCCUGUGCAGCUGUUUUCGGCUCACGUCGAAUCUAACCCCGUGCUGGAGCUUCGUGUGUGUGAAGUUGUUGCUGUGUUGUAUCUGGGUCAUGUGUCCGUCCUGUCUGCCGCUGCCUCGGUUGAGAGCUGCAGCCCGGUGUGUUCAGUGUGUGUUGGCAACGCUAACGUUAGAUUUGUGCUUCCUGUUUUAGACCCAGUAGUAAAGUGGAGUCUUUCAUUUUUACUGAAGUGUUCAAAUGUUCUCACUUUUUGAAUCUUCAAUAAAGAAAAGCCUCAAUAAAGUUGGACGCACCAAUA